AUGCAAACUGAUGGAUCAUUUCUAUGCUUUGGUGGUACGAAAAGUCAAGGAUAUCACAUUUCCCAGUCACCUGUAACGGAAACGGACUUUCUCACAUUGAUGCUUGCGGAAGUACACACUUCAGUCCGGGGAGAUUUGAAUCCUGAUCCCGCAAUAGACCCCGUACAAGCGGUCUUUAUAACCGUCAAGAACGACUGCCCACCGGGACACUUCCUACAAAAGAUCGUGUCGGUAACCCUCGUUGUGGAUCCGCUUCCGCAUCCAAAAUAUCUCGACAGAUGCGUAUUCGAUCUGAACAUCACAUAUUUAAACACGGAAAACGAAAUGCUGGAGACGAUAAUAGGAUUAGUGAAGAAACACGAUCCCGAUAUAUUGUGCGCGUACGAAAUAGAGAUGAGCUCCUGGGGCUACAUCAUCGAACGGGCACAGAACUUGGGCGUGGAGAUCGUUCGCGAAAUUUCCAGGAUAACUGAGAAGAAUCGUCAAAGGCGCUGGAGGAACGAAGAAUCUGAGCUCGAGGGGAGGGUCAUCGGCAGAAUUACGUUCAACGUUUGGCGUUUGUUCCGGCACGAGUUGGCCCUGUCGAGUUACAGUUUUGAGAACUGCAUGCACGCGAUCUUGAACGAACGAGUGCCCGUGUACAGCUUCGCACAGCUGGCUGAGUGGUGGAACGACGAAUCGAGGGUUCUAAGGUGGAUCCCGGUCGAAUACUACCUCACUAAGCUCUCCGGAACCGUGAGGAUGCUGGAGAAGCUCGAUAUGAUAAACCGCACGUCGGAGCUGGCGCGGCUGUUCGGCCUGCAGUGGUGGGAGGUGCUCUCGCGCGGCUCCCAGUUCCGCGUGGAGUCGCUGAUGCUGAGGGCCGCGCGGCCCCUCAACCUCGUGGCCCUCUCGCCGACGGUGCGCCAGCGCGCCGCAAUGCGAGCCCCCGAAUGCCUUCCCCUCAUCUUCGAGCCGGAAUCGCGUUUCUACUCGGAUCCGGUCAUCGUCCUGGACUUUCAAAGCCUUUAUCCUUCGAUGAUGAUAGCCUAUAACUACUGUUUUUCGACAUGCAUCGGCCGAGUACAGAAUAUAAACGGCGACGCGCCUUACGAGUUCGGCGCGUGGCGGCUGCGCGUGAAGCGCGAGCAGCUGGAGGCUCUGGCGAGGGGGGGCCUCGUGCACUGGUCCCCCGUGGGGGUGGGGUUCGUGAGGCCGUCGGUUCGGCGGGGCGUGUUGCCCGCCCUCUUGCGGAGGAUCCUGGCGGCCAGGCAGGCGGUGAAGAAGAGCAUGAAGGGGCAGACAGACGAGGCGGCGAAGAAAGCGAUGCACUCCAGGCAGCUAGGAUUGAAGCUGAUAGCAAACGUGACGUACGGCUACACUGCUGCCAACUUCAGCGGGCGCAUGCCGUGCGUGGAGGUUGGCGACAGCGUGGUGGCUAAAGGUCGCGAAACACUCGAGCGGGCGAUCAAGCUCGUCGAGAGCAACUCCGAUUGGAACGUCAAGGUGAUUUACGGCGACACUGACUCCAUGUUCGUCCUGGUGCCGGGCGGUAGCAGGGCACGAGCCUUCGAAAUAGGCCAAGAGAUAGCCGACGCCGUCACCGCCGAUAAUCCAUCGCCAGUGGCAUUGAAGCUCGAAAAGGUCUACCAGCCGUGCAUUCUGCAAACGAAGAAGCGAUACGUUGGCUAUAUGUACGAGAGUGCGGAUCAGACGAAACCGGUUUACGAGGCGAAAGGCAUCGAAACGGUCCGAAGAGACGGCUGCCCUGCCGGGGUUAAGCUGCUGCAGCGGGCGCUGUGCGAGCUGUUCGAGACGGGCGACAUGUCGCGCGUGAAGAGGGCCGUGUGCGCGGGCCUGUCGCGGCUGGCGGACGGCGCGCUGCCGCCCGACGAGCUGUUCUUCACGCGCGAGUACCACGGCCUGAGCGGCUACCGGCCCGGCGCGGCCGCACCGCCCAACGAGAUCGCCAAGCGGAUGAGGGCGCGCGACCCGCGCGGCGCGCCUCGCGCCGGCUGGCGCGUGCCGUGGCAGGUGUGCGCCGGGCCGCCGGCCACCGCGCUCUGCCGCCUGGCGCGCUCGCCCCGCGAGCUGCUGCGCGAGGGGCCGCACCACCCCCACGUGGCGUACUACGCCACGCGCGCCCUCCUGCCGCCCCUCCACCGAUGCCUGUCGCUGCUCGGCGUGCACGUCUCCAAUUGGUGGGCGGAGGUGGGGCGCGGGCGGGAGGCGCGGCUGGAGAGCGGCGCGGCGCGGGGCGGGGGCGGCAUCGCGCGCUACAUGCAGCGCGGCCGGUGCGCGCUGUGCGGCGCGCGCGGUUGCCGCUCCGUGUGCGCCAAGUGCGCGCAGCCCGGCGCACUGCGCACGCUCGGCGCGCGGCUGGCGAACGCGCAGGCGCAACUGCGCAGCUGCCACGAGAUAUGUAGCGGUUGCUGCGGUCAUCCAUAUUAUUUGCGAUGCGAGAACACCGAAUGUCCUGUACUGUGGCGCAGGGUCACCGCUCAACAGAAAUUGGAUCAAGUACGCGACGUAGUGUGCAAUCUACCGCCGCAUUUAACGGACCGCAAUUUAGAUUUU